AUGUUCCUCGACUAUGUCAAACCCUUUUGCGCCUAUGUGCCAGAGGUGGCGAAACCUGAACGGAAAAUUCCAUUCCGAGAAAAGAUGUUAUGGACAACUGUGCUCCUUAUGGUCUACCUAGUGUGCUGUCAAGUCCCGUUGUUCGGAAUUAUGGCUACGGAAUCAUCAGAUCCACUCUACUGGCUUCGUGCCAUUAUGGCCUCCAACAGGGGCUCUCUGAUGGAACUAGGAAUCUCGCCCAUCGUUACUUCCGGAAUGAUUAUGCAACUGCUUUCUGGUAUUAAAAUGCUCGAAGUAGGAGAUUCGCCGAAAGAGCGGGCACUCUUCAACACUUCCCAGAAAUUGUUCGGAAUCAUUAUCACUGUUGGACAAGCCCUCGUCUAUGUGAUGUCUGGACUCUAUGGCCCUCCAUCUGAGCUCGGUGCUGGAAUCUGUCUCCUUCUCAUUGUCCAACUUGUAAUGGCUGGUCUCGUCGUGCUCCUGUUCGAUGAUUUGCUUCAAAAUGGGUACGGUCUUGGAUCGGGAAUCUCUCUUUUCAUCGCUACCGGCAUUUGCGAAAGCGUCAUCUGGAAAGCGUUCUCCCCAGCUACGUACAACAAUGGACGUGGAAUGCAAUUUGAAGGAUCUCUCAUUGCACUUGUUCAUCUGCUCACAACUCGUAGCGACAAGAUCCGUGCUCUCCGAGAAGCAUUCUACCGUCAGGACCUUCCGAAUGUGACCAGUUUCCUGGCCACUGUAGCCGUGUUCUGUCUUGUUGUUUACUUGCAAGGAUUCCGUGUGGAACUACCCAUCCAGUCUUCAAAAGUGCGAGGACAUCGGGCUUCUUACCCGAUCAAGCUCUUCUACACAUCUAACAUGCCAAUCAUUCUUCAAAAUGCCCUGGUAUCAAAUCUGUUUGUUAUUUCUCAGCUGAUCUAUUCGAAGACCGGUGACAACUUCUUUGCUCGUCUCUUGGGAUCGUGGUCUCAUGGAGAAAGUGCCAGAAGCUACCCAAUCGGAGGUCUUUGUUACUAUUUGUCAGCACCAGAAUCCCUCAGACACAUCCUCGAAGACCCACUCCACUGCAUCGUCUACAUUGUCUUCAUGCUCGGAUCUUGCGCAUUCUUCUCCAAGACCUGGAUUGAUGUGUCUGGAUCUUCCGCAAGAGAUGUCGCCAAGCAGUUGAAAAGUCAAAACAUGAUCAUGCGCGGCCACCGAGAAACAUCAACGAUCCACAAGUUGAACAAAUACAUUCCGACUGCUGCUGCUUUCGGAGGUCUCUGUAUCGGAGCUCUUUCUGUCACUGCUGACUUUAUGGGCGUCAAUGGAUCGGGAACUGGAAUCCUUCUCGCUGUCACGAUCAUCUACCAAUACUUCGAGAUCUUCGUCAAGGAGCAACAGGAGAUGGGAGGAGGAGUUGCAUCCAUGUUCUUCUAA